GGCUGCGGGGCGAAGGUGCGGCGGGAGGGGGCGGUGUCCGCCGGGACGCGUCAGCCGCCGCCGCCCUCGCCGCCGCGGGGUCCCUCCCUCCCUCCGGCCGCAGAGUCCCCGCGGCAUGAGGGGAUCGUAGCGCCGCGGCCGCCUCCGCCAUGAAGCGGAAGAGCUGGGCCGAGGCGCGGCGCCGCGGCCCGCCGCCGCCCGCGCUGAAGAGGACGCGGGGCGCGGCGUCGCGGGCGGCGGGGGGCGAGGCGGAGCGGCGGCGGCAGCCGCCCCCCGCCGGUCUGGAGACCUGCCUGAGGAUCGCGGAUCGCCUAUAUUUUGCAAUUCUGUACCAAAAACCAAAGAGUGGAGCUGCAAAUACCCAUUAUUUCUGCAUAGAUGAUGAACUUGUGUAUGAGAAUUUCUAUGCAGACUUUGGACCACUCAAUCUGGCAAUGGUCUACAGAUACUGCUGCAAGCUAAAUAGGAAAUUAAAGUCAUUUUCAUUGAUAAGGAAGAAAAUAAUUCAUUAUACUGGCUUUGAUCAGAAAAAGCAAGCAAACGCUGCAUUCCUCAUAGGCUCCUACGCAAUAAUAUACCUGAGAGAAUCCCCAGAAGAUGUGUACAGGCUUAUAUUGUCAGGAAGUGUUUCAUAUCUUCCUUUCAGGGAUGCUUCCUUUGGUACUUGCAGUUUUCAUCUAACGUUACUGGACUGUUUUCAUGCAAUAAACAAGGCUUUGCAGUAUGGUUUCCUGGAUUUUAGUACGUUUGAUGUAGAUGAAUAUGAGCAUUAUGAAAGAGCAGAAAAUGGAGAUUUUAACUGGAUAAUACCAAACAAAUUCAUUGCCUUCAGUGGACCUCAUUCAAGAAGUAAAAUUGAAAAUGGCUAUCCCCACCAUGCUCCAGAGGCUUAUUUCCCAUACUUCAAGCAAAAGAAGGUCACCACUAUAAUACGCCUCAACAAAAAACUGUAUGAUGCCAAACGAUUUACAGAUGCUGGAUUUGAGCAUUUUGAUCUCUUCUUUGCUGAUGGAAGCACACCUAGUGAUACUAUAGUUAAAACAUUUCUAAAUAUUUGUGAAAAUGCUGAAGGUGUAAUAGCUGUUCAUUGCAAAGCUGGUCUUGGACGAACUGGCACACUUAUUGCCUGUUACAUCAUGAAGCAUUAUCGGAUGACAGCUGCUGAGUCUAUUGCCUGGAUCAGAAUAAAUAGACCUGGUUCUGUGAUUGGACCACAGCAGCAUUUCCUGAUGGACAAACAGGCAGAACUUUGGACAGAAGGGGAUAUUUUCCGUGCAAAGUUGAAACGAAACCAUAAAAUUGCUGUAACAAGAAUUCUGUCAGGAGUAGAUGAUAUUUCAAUUAAUAACACAAGAAACAGGAGAAGCAUCCAAAAGGACAUUGAACUGUACAGUGAUGAUGAUGAAACAAACUGUUUAACACAAGGCGAUAAGCUUCGUGCUCUGAAAAGCAAAAGGCAAGCAAAAGCUCCAACUGCAUCUCCACUAGCAGUAACUCUGCAGUCCAGUGUUCAGAAAAAUAAAAUCUCUGAACCUAGCAUUUCUGACAGUACAGACAUUACUAAAAGAACUACCAGGUCUGCUGCAAGAAAAAAAAGUUUAAAAAGCCAAUCCGUCACAAGGAAUAGAACAGUAUUGCGCUGAAUUUUGAAUAAGCCACCAGUGUUGAAGAGGAUAUUCAGGAGUGAAGGGGAUAUAGAGGGGACUUGAUGCAAUUCAAGGAAGUUCACUUUGGCUCUAUUUUUCAGUAAAAAAUGACACAGAACAAUCUCUUUUUUAUUUGUAGAAUAAAAUGAACUGUCAACAUGUUUGGCAGACUUUUUCUACCAUGCUAAUACUUUCUCAAAACCAACAUAAUCUACGUACAUUCAGACUCAGGUGUAAAUAUUUAAGCUCUCUAUUAUAAAGAGGGCUUGCUAGUAUGUAUGAUGCAUGUGUAUGAAUUGUGAUCGCAAUCACUUAGCUGCUGAUCACCAGAGGGUGGGAGCUUUUAAGUAUAUAAAUCUGUGUUGUGCAUUCAGACUGUGCUGAAGUCUUCACUUGAGUCUGAAAUCAACCACAAAAGCUUUUACUUCUAAUAGUAUUGGUACUCUCCUGUGUUGAUUGGCUGUUCUUUCUUACUUUGUAUAAAGUUUUUUAUGAAGAUGCAGUAUUGAGUACACAAUGUAACUGUUGUCCACCAAAGAGUGCUUUAUUGUCAAAAGUUGUGUGGUUUAUUUAGGAAAAACUAAUUGCAAGUGAUUAACUUGUUUUUAGUAGUGACAGCUUUUUAGUUCUUCACAACCAAUUGUUCUUUGAACUACUUAGAACUGCUUUAAAUCUGGUAUGAUUUUAAAGGGGAGGAAAAACACUACCAUUUAAAGCAGUGCUGUCUUAUUAAAAUGUCAUUAAUGUUUCAUCACUGAAACAUUACUGUUUCUUUUCCUAUCAAGUCCUUUACAUGAAACUUUAAAUUACCAUAUACAAAAGGAAGGAAUUCCCCCCUCAGAUUUCAUCCGUACGCUUGAUAACACGUGGACAGUGCUUUGGGACUUAAUGAGUGCAGCACACAAAAAAGGGAAAAUAAGGGUGCCAUACGGCUGAGGUAGUGGAAUUCAGGAGCAGGUAAAAAUUUUGACACAUAACACUUUAAGAACUACAAUUUACCUCUGGUAAAAAGCAGUGUAAUUUUUAGAGGAAUGUACUUGAGACUGAAAUUUUUAUCCCCCACAGGACUACAGUGGUUUUUUUUCCCUACUUUUCACAUUAUGACAUUUCAAAGCUGAUGUACUCUUGUGCACCAGCUAGCUGAUGGUUAUAGCUGCAUAUCCCUCAGAUGAGGGCUGUUACCACAUAGCCUUAAUUAUGAAUCAGUUAUCUGUUGAUUUAAUGACUCUUACAGUACAAAGUGUAAGAAAUGGAGAAAUCUGCAAUGUUAGUAAUGGAAUAACUGAAGUUUUUAAAGAUGCAGAUUACCUCGGUGAGAGGGGGAAAUUUCAAUGAAUGUAAAUGUUCGGUGACUAGUUUCAAUCUACAUCCUUUUGAAUGAAAACUAAGCCUUCUGUUAGGCUGAUGAUUUUUGAAUGCCAAUAUGAAUAUCACACAGUGGUUUGAAAACAUUUUCUAGCAAAAGAAUCGUGAAUUGGAGAGGAAACAGGAUGUGAAGUAAGUAAGCUUGCAAAUGUUAUUUGUAAGUAAGCUUACAAAUAACAACCAUGUGCUUAGUCAAAAUUUGCAAACAUGAAUAUAAAUUAAAAAGAACAGGUUUAAUGCAAAAUAAAGGACCACUGAAGGCUCAGAUUGAAAGUAUUUCGUUUUCUUCUUGAACUUCCCUUUUCACACCCUUUUCUUCUAGAUAAAAAGCAUCUGAAAGGGAGGAACUGAUCUCAUCCCGAUAAGGCAAUUAAAAUUUCUUGGGCUUUCAAUGGGGUUGUUUUUUUUUUGUUUUGGCAGAGGUUAUUUGGUUUUUCUGGGGUUAUUUCAGUUUAGGGGGUUUUGGGCUUGGUUUGUUUGGUUAAGAUUUUUUAGUGGAGGUUGUGUGGUUUGGUUUUUUUUUUGGUUGGGUGGGUUUUUUAGUAAGCCAUUUUGUGCAAAAGCUUACAUAUAGGUAACCACAAUAGUAGGUCUGUUGCGCAAAUAUGAGCCUAUGCUUCUUUUUGAACAAAAUUCUUAUCUUGGAAGGCAAAAGGAAUGCAAAUAGUGAAGUGAAAACCAGAAUAAAGAUUUAGUAAUAUUUACUAUGUUUGGCUGUGGCCUUCUCUCAGCUGAGCUGCUUAACAUCUUUUAUUUAACCUAAAAACAAUUGGUCUCUUUCUCACCCCUUCCAAAUUCCAAAUCAGAAUUUGCCUCAUUUAAAGUAACAAGCAGAGAAAUUAGCACUUCUAGGUUCAUCAGAAGUAAAUUUGCCUAAUGCAAGUGCACAAACAAUAGCAACUCUAGCUAAACCAAAACUGCAUGUUUAGGAUCAAUGUCUUUCAGGAUACCCCAUCCACCAUCCACUAUCUUAGUGAAAAGCACAUAAAUGUCAAAGGGAUUUUACAUCUGAGCUUUCCAAAUAGCCUUAUAUGGAAAAUUAACUCAUUACCUCAUUGUGCCACAUAUAGUUGUAUUGCUUAGUUUGUAACGAAUUUUUAUUACUUUGUCUAACAGUUCUAAUAUACCAAAUGUGUCUUAGGUACAAGAAUGAAGAGUGGACAUGGGUGAGGAAGUUCUUGGUUUCUAAAUUUUUUCUGAAUGGUGAAGUAUUAUGUGCCAAAAUAGAAUGUGUUAUGGCAGCUGCAUCACCUUUGCAUAUCUGUACAACAGAGCAGCUGAAUGAAGUUACUUCUGCUAUCAUCAAUUAGGAGAUUCUUAGAAAUUCUUUCCUCUUUCAAAUAUGUUACAUAUGGAUUCUUCCUCAAAUUCUUAACUCAAAAGAUACUACAUGCUCAAAAGUUGUAAUAUCUUGGGUAAAAUUGCUGGUUUCCAUUACAGCAUCAAAAAAACUCAAACACUAACCUGGACCUUGUCUUUUUGCCCCAGUAUGACAGUAGAGGAAGCACUGCUAAUUUAAAAUAGUAAGAGAUUAUAGGAAAAAACCAAAACAUAAAUGUGAUGUUCACCAGUUUGUUGCACUGCAUUUAUUAUAUUAAUCGUUUGCAGACUGUCAUAUGUAAACUCAUAGACAGGCUAUCAAGGUCUAAAAUUUCUUGACUAAUCAGUACUGUUCAUCCUGAUUAUUUUUAAACUGUAUAUUUCUAAUCAUAUUUUUUUAACUUGGAUUGACAGAAUGAAAGUUUAUUUUGCUGAAGGUAUUUUUAAGAUAAAGCUUCAUAUUAUCUUGUAAUAUGAAUUAGUUCAAUAUGCAUUUGUGUGUCAUUUGAAAAUACUGCAAAUUGCAUUUAAUUUUAUACAAAUCACUGAAUAGUGAGAAGUGUAAACGUGAACUGUGUAAAAUUAAAAAUAAUCAGAAGGGUUUUUUUCUGUUUUA